ACAAAGAAGACAGACUAGAUGAAGAACACCUACCAGACGAAGAAGACAAAUGAUGUCUCAACCUAGAGGAAACGACAUUAAGAAUCAAGAGGAAUAUGUGGACCCAUUUUUUUGUCUUUGAUGUGCCGAAGUGCAAAUGUGGAGUUAACGCAAAAGUUAUGGUGGCUUGGACUGAGAAAAACCCCGGUCAAAGGUCCUUUCGUUGCUCAAACAGGAAGUGUAGUUUUUUUAAUUGGUACGACGAAGAAUAUGCUCCCCACAUUAAGAAUAUGUUGAACUCAUUGAAGAAAGAAAAGGAGAUACUUCAGAAGGAAGGUGAAGUCAUCAAGGGGGAUCUGUUUUACCAGAAGUUUUUGAAUGAGAGAUGCACUGUUCUUGACUCAAUUGCAAUGGAGUCUGAGCUUGAAGAACUGAAGGGGAACACUGUGAAAAUGAUUGAAUUUGAGAAGGAAAACAAGAAACUGAAUUAUGAGAAGGCUGUGUUCAAAUAUUCUCUUAUCGCUGUUGUUGUAUUAGGCUUGGCCUUAUUGUUUGUGUUUUAGGUUUAUUGUGUAUGUAUGAACUUAGUUAAUUGUAUGCAGUUGAACUAAGUUAACUUAACUGUAUGAAAACUACUUGAUGUAUUUUAUCAACUAAAUCUAUUUGCAGUUGAUUGUAGGAAAAACUUGUAUUUUGAAAAAAGUUAAGUUAUCUAUCUA